AUGGCGGACUUCUAUGUUUCUGGAAGCAGUGGUGAUUAUCACGAAGAUAUGAACGCCGACGUUUAUGAAAAGUGGUUUAAGGAAACACUUACGUGCCUGGAUCCCAACUCAGUUAUUGUCCUGGAUAACGCAUCAUAUCAUUCACGAAAGAAAAACAAAGCUCCAACUACAGCAACAAAAAAAAACGACAUAAAGAUUUGGCUCCGGUCAAACGAUAUUUCUUUCGAGGAUGAUAUGGUGAAGUCAGAGUUGUUGAGCAUUGUUAAGCACCAUAAAACCAGGUAUGAAACAUACGUCGUUGACGAUAUGGCCCAAGCUGCAGGACACGAAGUGCUUCGCUUGCCUCCUUACCACUGUGAGCUGAAUCCAAUAGAAUUGGUUUGGGCUCAAGUAAAAGGAUUCGUGGCAUGUCGAAACAAGUAG